AGGUUUGGUGAGAUUCGCUACAUGCAGUGCAAUAAAUAACAUGAAUGACACUCUAUGCAGGUGUGCGUUUGGACCGGGUGCGAGGAGGACGGCAGAAAUAUAAGAGGAGAAUCGACUCUGAUUCCAGUGUCUUCUUCAGUGUACAGCAACCUCACAGAAAGCAACCGUCCUGCAGCACUCAGGGGGAGAAUAAGGUGGUGACCCUGCUGUUGGGGGCGGAGCCAGAGAAGGUGUGUGCCAUGCCUGACCCCGCCCUCCCCGACAGUGACAUCAAAGCCCUAACGACCCUGUGUGACCUCGCCGACAGAGAGCUGGUGCUCAACAUCAGCUGGGCCAAACACAUACCAGGUACUAACAGACCAAAGAGACUUUAA